AUGGAACAAAGAACCCGAACAACGUUCUUUGUUCGACAGGUCCAGCACGAGCCUCCACGGUGGAGGUAUAUACACACGACGCACACCAGCAAGACAUGGCUUUCGUUCGGUUUGCGUUCCAACCAACCUUCCAACCGACUCCAACCAACUCUCCCUCCAACCGCUCCAAGCUCCCAACACAUUCAGGCAGGCCCUGAACCCUCGACACCAAACGCACCCACCCGUCGCUGCCCCAUGCCCUUCCUCUCGGUGACCAUCUUCGCAGGCACCGUAGCAGUUGCCCUCAGCUGCGUCGAGCUCUUCACCCGACAACCUGCUGCCAUAACCACUGGUAUGGCCGGCAGCAGGUCCAGGAGCAGAGCACGGGCUCCCCCAGCCCAGCGCAAGAAGCACAAGCCCAAGCAGCGCUGGUGGCAGAUUUGGCGGAAGAAUCGUCGAGCUUCGAGUGGGAGAGAGACUGGAGUUUCGGAACCACCACAACCACAACCACGACCGACGUCUGAGCGACGACGACAGUUGGCUGACAACCGUGCCAGCAACUCCACUGACCCUGAGCCUCUUGUCUUUACAGGCUUCUCUACUGACAUGGUCGCCUCGCAGACCAACUUCAUCUUCUGCCCAGGCGCAAGUUCCUCGACAGUCGCACCUUCCUCGCGCUUUGCGUCUCAGCCACGUCUCAGACAACAGAAACGCAAGACAUCAAAACCGAACUUGCUCAAGAAGCUCAAAUCGGCCCUAAAGUCGAAACUCAAGCCCAAGAAGAAGGCUGAGAAGGAACUAGUCAUCAAACCCAACGUGGAGAGCUUCGCCGAUGAGUACGAGCUCAUCCGCACGUUCAGCGAAAUCUCCCAAGGCGCUGUACAUCUCGUCAAGCACCGCGACUCGGGCGAGCGGUUCAUCAUCAAGCAGGUCUUUGCUCAGCAUCGUUCCGAUAAUCGUCUGGUCACUGAGCCCGAUGAGGCGCUCGUCUUGAUGCAUUGCCUUGACACGCACAAGAACGUCCUGCGCAUUGCGGGCUGCUCGCCGUAUUGGGAGGAUGAUGUGCCCAUGUACAAUAUGGUCUUUGAGUAUUGCGAUGCUGGAGAUGUCUGCGACUACCUUGAUAGGGUUGGAUGUUUCCCUAUCCCCGAGCAGUUCACGCUGCACUUCGUGUCGAGCAUGAUUGAUGCCCUGGCGUUCCUUCACCAUGGUGACAUCAGCUACGACCCGGCAACGGACACCACGACUUCAAUUGCUCACCGCCAGCGAUCUGGGAGCCAAAUUCCGAGUAUGGUCUACCUACUGUCGUCCUCGGUGACUUUGGGUUCGUUCGACCUGAAUGGUGAUACCCGCGAUAUCUGUUCCACGCCCGGCUACCUGGCACCAGAACUCGAGCAAAUCAAGAAGAAGUCGGACAUCGUCAACGCUCAGAGCACAGAAGCUGACAUGUACGCUUUCGGUGUCUCGCUCUGGAACGUCGUCGCCCAACGUGAUUACAUUCCCGGCCGCUCGAACAUCCGGCAAGGCUUUGAGCAGUCUUCCGUCUCCCAGCACCCAGGUAUCCUCCGCCUCCUCGAGGCCUGCCUCUCACCAGACCCAGCCCGUAGGCUCAAAGCUAACUCUCUGCACCGCCUCUCUGCGCAGCUGAAGUCCCAGCUCCAGACCUGGUACGAUCGUGGUGGCCGCCUCCCUGCAUCCCUCUGGCCGAACCCCUUUGGUUUCGAGCAGAGAGCUCUGAAGAAGCGUCCAAACCGCGGUAGCUCGCUCAUCGCCAUCGCUCCCAAGAGCACGACUCGUCCACGACCCCGUGUUCCCAAGAGACGCAGCGAGCUGAACACUUGGGCGAGAGAGAUGGCCGAUGCGUACCCGACAAUUGCUCUGUUUCCGUUUGAUGUUGACACGAGCAGGUUGAUGCAGCCUACGACAACCACCGGUGAGCCUUCCGCGACUGCUGAACCACUGACGAAUCUGUUCACAGGUGAGCCUGCUGAUGUUGCUGAUGCUGACAUUUCCAGCACUAUUGUUGAGGCUGGGAAUCUUGCGGCUGAUGCUCCAAUCAGCGCUUUCUCCUGGUCUAGUGCCAGUACCGACACUGAUGACGAGCUUUACAUUUGA